AUGUAUUCUUUGGAUGCCUUCUCUGCCAAUGUCAAUCUUCUGCCACGUCCGGGUGCCGCUCCAGCUAUCACUUUCCCGUUAGUUCAGGGCAUGGGAUUUGUGACUGCUGUUUACAGUGGCAGCACACCAUGUCUCGAGAGUGCGAUUUCCUUCACCAGUGUCACCUACGUUGGGCGAAUGCCUUCUGACUCAACUUACAAGUAUCAAGCAAAACUGGCUGAUGGCACAUCAUGGAACAUCUAUGUUACAACCUCUCAAGCUGGUUAUCCCGUCAACUCGUUUACUCUGACCAACGUGCGAGUACUGCGGGGAGCACCUAGAUUCCAAGGUUUCAUCCAGGUCGCGAAAGUGCCGUCCGCUGGUGCAGACUCGACUUAUGAUCAAGCAGCAGGCGCAUAUUCGGUUUCUGCAACAGUAGCUGGGUCUAUCGCAGGCACCUCUGGGACGUAUAAGCUGACAUGGACCAAACAAGGAGUUGCCAACCGAACUCUUCUUAUGUUUGCUCUUCCUCAUCAUGUCCAGAGUAUUACCUCUGGCGGCUUAACGGAUGUUAAGCUUCAGACUACCACCAAGGGAACGGCAACAGGUAUCAUUGGCGAUUCAUGGACACUGCUCGAGCAAUUCUUACCGAUAGACAUGGGAUUCGCGCCCUGGACACCAUUCGGCAGAGGCAACAGCAAGGUAUCCACUGCAGCUGCAAAGCUGAUCAACAAAGCUGGAAUGAGUGAACUGAGCCAGGACAUGAAGAAACAAUCUAACCUCAACUCAAUGUACUAUUCUGGCAAGGCACUCGCCAAAUUUGCUGCCAUUGUCUACGCAGUACACGAUAUCGGCAACAAUGCGACUCUUUCUAUCAGUGGACUUCAGAAGCUGAAGACAGCUUUCGACACAUUCGUUCGCAACAAGCAGAUCCUUCCUCUUGUCUAUGAAUCGUCAUGGGGUGGAGCUGUCUCCAGUGGCACUUAUCAGACGGGUGACUCUGGCCUUGACUUUGGAAACACCUAUUACAACGAUCAUCACUUCCAUUACGGGUACUUUGUCUAUGCAGCAGCUGUCAUCGGAUACUUGGAUCCCAGCUGGCUGAGCCAGGGCACAAACAAAGCAUGGGUCAACAUGCUAGUCAGAGACUACUCCAACUCUGUCACCACUGAUGCAUACUUUCCUUUCUCUCGAUCCUUUGAUUGGUAA